CGCAGCUAUAUUAGUAAGCAAGCGUUGCAGAAGUUGAGCCAGAAACUGACAGACCCCAUAGUUAGUAUCCUCGCGGACAAUCGUACCAUGGUUGUAGAGGAUUACGUAGAGGGAGUUCAGGCGUAUUUCCGCCUAGAGAAAGAUGGGAAGGUGGAGAAGGUCCUCCACUCCCUGACUCUCCUCGUAGAGGACAGCCUCCCGUUUGAUAUAGUACUGGGAAUGGAUUGGGGAGAGGCAGCCAGGGCAACGCUCCAUUUGAAGGAGCAUGAGUGUAGGCUCCCUUGUUCUGCAGGCGAGGCUAAGAUUGCCCGCCUGUUUCAUGUGUCAGGAGUAGAGAAUUCCUUGGCGCAUUGCUGCCUUAGUGCCCCCGCAUUCGUCAAAUUGGUGAAGAAGGAGAAACUAGAGGAACACGUCUUUGUUGCCUAUGUUAGGCCAAUCACUGAGCCUAAGGAGGAGAAGCCGAUGGACCCUGCGAUUGCCAGGCUGCUGGAAGAGUUCAAGGAUCUAACCGAGCCGCCGAUAGGAGUAGUACCGCGGCCCAUCCAGCACCGCAUUGAGAUAGAGCCUGGCAGUAGAACUCCUAAGGGCGCCGUGUACAGGAUGUCCCCACGGGAGUUAAAGGAACUUCGCAAGCAGUUAGACGAGCUCCUCGAGAAGGGUUGGAUUAGGCCCAGUUCGUCUCAUUUCGAAGCACCUGUCCUCUUUGUUCCUAAGAAAGAGGGAGAGCUGAGAAUGUGCAUAGACUAUAGGGGUCUGAAUGCGAUUACAGUGAAGAAUGCUGAGCCACUGCCAAGGAUAGACGAUCUUUUAGAUAGAGUGCAGGGGGCUAAGUAUUUCUCUAAGAUAGACUUAAAGUCCGGAUAUCAUCAGAUAGAGGUACACCCUGAUGAUCAGUAUAAGACAACCUUCUGGACUAGCCGGACCCUUGAAGAGCAUCGGGGUCAUCUCAGGCAAGUCUUGGAGAAGCUGAGAGAAGCUAACUUCAAGAUCAAUGCAAAGAAGUGCGAUUGGGCGAAGACCCAAGUUUUGUAUCUAGGCCACGUCUUAGACGGAGACGACGUUAAGCCAGAAGAUAGCAAGAUCGCAGCGAUUAGAGAUUGGCCCACGCCACGUACGCUGACAGAGUUGCGCUCGUUCCUGGGCUUAGCGAAUUACUACAGGAAGUUCGUAAGGAACUUCUCCACCAUCGCUGCGCCCCUUCGCAGAUUGCURAGAAAAGAGACAAUCUGGAAGUUGGACAAGGACUGCACGUCYGCCAUGAAGAAGCUAAAGCAGGCGUUGAUAGAGUAUCCAGUCCUUAAGGUCGCCGAUCCGUCCUUGCCUUUUGUUGUUACUACGGAUGCUAGCCAGUACGACAUAGGCGCAGUGUUACAGCAAGACGAUGGCAAUGGCUAUAGACCCGUAGAGUUCAUGUCCGCUAGGAUGCCUUCAGAGAAGGUUGCGACAUCUACCUUUGAGAGGGAACUCUACGCUCUCAGGCAAGCAUUAGACCACUGGAAGCACUACUUGCUUGGGAGGCACUUCAAAGGGGGAACAUUUACAGGUGGUAAUGGUUAUUAUAACCAAGGAUUUGGUCGUGGCAAUGGGAGUAAUUACCAACAGCCGCGCGCAUUCUUUACCAGGGAGCAGGUGGAUUUUCUGGAGAAACUGAAACUGAAGGAUGCAGUUGACGAAGCCAGGAAAAAGGACCUAGAGGAGAUAGCCAGGUUGAAGGCCAUCAAAGAGGAAAGUGAAAAAAGAAAAGAAAAGGUUGAAAGACCUUCUGCUGGAAAUUUGGAUGCAAAAGGGAAAGAAGCUAGCUGCAGCAAUAGCGAAGGUAAUCAAGACGGAGAAAAAAGAGCAGAUGCGCUGGAUGAAGGGGGCGAGGGGAAGAAGGUGACGACCGAGGGGGAUGAGGGCAUGGCGAAGGGAACAAGAAAGGAGGAAUGUACGCUUGGCUUAUACUUUAAAGAUAGGGUCGUGUACUAUGAUGCCAUGCACUACACAGAGAUCCAGGAGAUGUGCAAGAAGAGAGGGGUUACUUACAGAAGGAAGGAAGCAGGGGUAUGGGAACUAGCAAGAUUGGACUUCGAGGUGCUUUUGAAGAUGGAAAAGCCUGCAGAGAAAGAAGCGGAUACUGACUCCAAGACCAGUAAAGAAGAAGCUCAGAAGAAAGUUCGAGUUCCGAAUCGGAAAAGAGCCCAGACGAAGAAGAUGAUAUUGCGGGAAACUAGGGGGGGCUAGCAAGCGGUCAAUACUGAGAUUAUAUAAGAGGCUCUGUCUGCUUCGGGACAGACAUGAGCCGGGGAUACAGAAAGUAAUUGAUUGUUUGCUGAAACUCUUGGUUCUGACCUUAGGCUUGAGAGGGUUUGUGAAUUGGGGAAGGGCAUAUGUGAAAUAUUGGUUUGACCUGGGACCAACCGAGAGGGAACGGAUCUUUAAUGCUGAUUCUUGUGUUUAUGUCUUAUUAUCUCCUUUUUUCAAAUUGGCAUAUGUUGGGAAGACAAAAAGGAAUCUUCAUACCAGAUGGAAAGAGCACAUACAGUCGGCCAGAACAGCACCCAAGCAGAAACUGCAUAGGUGGCUCGAAAAGGUGGGAGUUGUUAACUAUGUAGCUCUUCCCAUUUGGUUUGGAACAAGCAUGCUCUAGCUAGCAUGGAAGAAUAUAUCAUUGGAGCUAAUAAUCCAGGGCUAAAUACAAGAAGAUCAAACAAACUAACCAGGAGGAAGCCAAGAAGGAAAGCUAAGGAUAAAAGUGGGAAUUGGGAAAUAGAGAAGGCAAUUUUGUUUGAGUGUGAGCAACUAAGUAUAAAGGGAGAACCUAAUUUAAUAAAGAUUCUGAAGAAAG